ACCGAAUCCGCUGUUCGCCGAGCAUCUUAUUUGAACUUCGACUAUCACACAGUGACAGUUUUCAGUUUUUCACAACCAACAAUGGCCGCUACCGCUAGGCAUUUUCUGCUUCACCGCCUUCGGUUGCGUGGCUUCCAAGGGUUCUCCGUCGCGGCGCCCCAGGGCCACCGUCUCUGGUGCAGUGCCACGCCAUCACCGGAAGAAGCAACUUCGAACCCGAGUUGCGGGACCCAGACCGGCAGCCCCAACUCGGAGGUGGAUGACCUCGAGUGGAGGAAGAAAGAAGAGAAGAUCGCGAGGGACGUUGAGCCAAUCGUUUCGCUAACCAUGCAAAUUCUCUACUCAUCAAGGUACAUGAAUGGGGAGAUACUGACUAUGGAGGAUGAAAGAGCCGUGGUUGAGAACAUUCUUAUUUACCAUCCAGAUUACGAAGAUAAGAUCGGAAGUGGGCUGAACUCAAUUAUGGUUUCAAAUUGAUGAAAUAAGUUUCUGUUGUCAGAUAUACAUCAACCAUAUGCUCUUUUUUGCUUGUGGCAUUGUGCUACACUGCCACCUCAUUUUUGUGUAAGCAAAAUCAGCAAAAAAGAUCUACACAUCUUAAAGAAGGAUUGUUUUGUAAGAAAUGACAGUAUACACCACCUUCAAACUGACAAGGAUACUUGAUUUAAUCAAGUAGACGGCAAUGUAGCAAUUAAAACCUGAGACAAAAAUCAAACUUGAGUGAGAAAGUAGAGGAGUUCGGGUGUAAUUAAGCUGAAAUGUUACACUUAAAAAAAUUGAUUAUCAUCUACUCUUAGAGGAAUUCGAGUGCAUCGGUUUUCUACUCUCUUGCUUCCUGAAAUGGUAAUAACUAAUAACCCCAUUGUCUUCUUUGAUGUAAUGCAUUUUUAAAGAAGCCAUCUAGGUUAUCACUGCAAUCAGAUCAAAUGUACUAGUAUAUUGUGCUGCUGAUAACAUUAGACAUGCAUAAGUAUUGCGCUGGAAGCUUAUUAUGAAUCUGUAGUUAUGCUCAAUUAUAUUUAUACUUUUAAUAUCCUAUGCAUUUGUUGGCCUGUCAAUACAAUUUAUUGAUCAGAUAGCAUUUUUUUUAAUUGGCACAAUGACAUGAGGCAAGCCUUGCUUUGAUGAUACUCAAAAGUUUGUCUCCCAAGUCCCAGUAUCAAGGAAUGUAGGCCCUCUAAAACUAGAUGACAAUUUAUCCUUUGUUACUUGAGGGCAAGCCCUGGCACAACGGUAAAGUUGUGCCUUGGUGACCUGUUGGUUAUGGGUUUGAAUCCAGAAACAGCCUCUUUUCAUAUGCAAGGGUGAGGUUGCGUAUAAUAUCCCUCCUCCAUACCUUCGCAUAAGCGAGGAGCCUCCGGGCAAUGGGAUAUGCUAGUUUUUUUUUAUCCUUCAUUACUUGACUUCGAAUGCUGAUACUGUAUUUGAUAUGCUAAAGCCUGAAAUCCAAUUGAAUGUUCUUGCAUUCUCAUUCACCAUUUUUGUUAAUUGUAAGCUUUUCAAAUGCAUUUCCUAUUAAACAUAGAUUUACAUGUUUGGCACCAAGACUAUUAAACUUAAGCCACUAUCAUUUAUGUAUUUGAUCUAUUCUAUCUCAAAGUUGGCAGUAAGUGCAGAAUGUAUGAUUUUAUU